AUGCCAUCACAAUCACGGCUGCUGCGCCUGCCCACGCUCUUCGCCCUCCUGCUUGGCGUCGCCCUCGCGGUCCUCUCCACGCCGGUUCUGGCCAGUGCAGAAAACUCAAAACCAGACUUGAUCUGUCACACCAGCGACCCCCAGGACUGCUACCCACGCCUCUUUGAAGCCACGGAUGAGUUCCAGCAGAUCCGCGACGGCCAGGAGAUCCCACAAGGCCUCCACGUGCGCCUCAACAUCUACACCGGUGAGAAGGAGGCCAAGAUCAACGUGCCCGGCGAAGGCGACCCCUCGCUCGAGGGCCUCCUAAAGGAGCAGGCCGUCGUCGUGGUCGAGCCGGCCGCGCGUGAUGAUCCCAUCAUACCCCCAGGAGCCCCCGUCUAUGAGACAGCGGGCCAGAUAAAGACACCGCCGCACGCCGCCAAGGCGUUUGUCGACGCCAUGAAGCUCUUGAAAGCCGAGAGGGGCGAGCACGACCCGAGCUUCGACGCCUCGCUCGAGGGUCUCGAAGAGCUGGCCCACGACAUGUACUACGGCCUCCAAAUCGCAGAGGAUCCCGACGUGGUCAAGGCGCUCGUCUGCCACAUGAUCCAGGAACCGUACCCGCGGGCCCAAGAUGCCGAGGAUCUCGCCGUCCUGCCCAGAGACCAGCAGGCGGCCGCCAUCCUCGCCGCCAGCUUGCAGAACAACCCGACGGCGCUCGCCGCGGUCAGCAAGCAGUGGCCCGGCCUCUUGCAGCACUACUGCCCCGAAGGCAUGGCGCCGCUGGCCAGCGAGCUCUUCCGCAGCAUCGGGCCGCGCCCGGACCAGGACGCCGCCGCGGCGCCCCUGAUCAAGGCCCGGGUGGCGGCCAUCAGCGGCCUCAUCAAGGAUCCCGCCAUCCGCGCCGACUUUCUGCGCCACCAUCUCAUGGGGGAGCUGGCGCGCGUGCUCGCGCGCGAGGACAAGGCGUGGGCGGCUGCGCAGCGCAAGGUCGGCCUGCUCGCCGUGGACCACUUCCUCGACGCGGACAUGGGCGCCGUGGCCGGCGAGUGGCCGCGCGCGCCCAAGCUUACGGACGAGCAGUGCGCAAAGGAGUCGUGGCAGGCGCCCGAGGGCUGCUGGGACUAUCACGUCGCGCGCAUCGCCAAGGCGAACAAGGGCGACAAAGGACACUGGAGCAGAGAUGUCCAGGCGCGACUGGCGGCAGCACGAAAGAAGAAUACGGCACCGUCCAAACAUGUGGAGCUGUAA